GCCGGCGAUCGGUGAAAGAAGAAAUGGAACGCCAUUUUGAUUCUGCUGUCAGUUCGAUUGCAACUUUUGGCGGGAAACGACGACUGUAUAUGUGUUUUAUUAAAAAUAUAUGCGUGCGUGAAUAACUGAAGUGUAUAUUCGUAAAAUAAAAUAAAGAAAUGGAUUUAAGAGAGAUUAUCAAGUGGUUUAUCCCGUGUUUUCACAUUUUGCUAAAAUUGGACGCCAGAAUGACUCUUAUUUGGGUAUUAUUAUUUUGUAAUCUAUGUCCGGGUAUUAGUGCUAGUGAAUUAGAUGAAAGUAGUCAUUUAAAUAACGCCAAAAAAGUAGUUAGUUACGAAAAUAAUUUUAAGUUAAACCAAAGUGAAGUAUAUGGGAGUAAAUCGUUGGUUUCUGAGGAAUUGAGGAAUGAAGAUACUUCACUGGGUCGAACCUUCGGUCGUCCAAUGAAGAAGAUGAUGCAAGCGUUGAUUCCGCUAGCUAUGGCCAUCGGCUCCGCUGGCACGUGGGCGGUGGUCGCGGCCCUAAUAGGAGCCAAGACUUUGGUGGUCACUCUCUUCAUACUGAAGUUACUUCUUAUGGCGGGAGCUGCUAAGGUAAAUAUGACCUUAGCCGUGGAACUAAUAGACGCCGGAUUUAAGAACAGACAGACAUACAAUUACUACCCCGGUCCCCAGACACCGUACAACGCGUACCAGAGACCCAUGGUACCCGUACCAAAUCCCGUGGUACCCGUACCAAAACCAGUGGUACCAACAUUGUUCGGCGGCCUCCUCGGUGCCAAGUUGCACCACCAGCCCGCCCCCCCCUACGCCCCCCCGCCAAGUAAGGAGAUCCAUCUACAUAUACAUAACGGGCAACAAGGCCAUCAUGAGCAUGAGGAAGAGGUCAUACCUAAUAUAUCUUCGUGGUCCCGUGACGGUCCCGUCAGUUCACCCGCCAGCAUUUCAUCAAAGGUGUCAGCGGAGGCCUACAACCCUUACCUGUAUCUAGCGGGACCUCAGACUAUACGGACCCCGUACGGGAACUAUGUCAAAGUUGAUUGA